GAAAGCUAGGACAUCAUUGAGAGUGCAGUAACAUUCUCAUGGCUGAGGGUUGGUGACCACAUUCUUCCGCUCUAAACGUUCUCGGAUUAUUUUUACCAAUCCUCCUAGGUUUUGUAUCUUUCUGGAGACUCACUUUUUAAUUUAAUUCAUCAUUACGGUGACAUAAUAAAAAUAAUAUGAGUCGUAUUAUCAGCUACACCCAGCUUCACGCAUCAGUCGGCCACCAGCGUAGGAAGGACCUCCACCACCCAAGUCUUGGCAAUAAGCAGUAAGAGCUGGGACCAACUUCGUCAUCUGGCCACUGUACACAGUAAUCCCCUUGAGAGUACUUUAAGGACAGGAGCAAGGACGUAGGAUCUGCGUGUUCAACAGAAAGACCAGGUGGAUUGGGGGAUGAUGUCCUCAAUAGAGGACCUCGUAGUGACGAAGGCGGAGUACCGUCAGGAACUGGUAGAGGACCACCAACAUGUUCCAAGACCGAAGAUUCUCUGGGGUGCUCGUCAUACUCUCGCUCUCUUGGGAUUUCUUGGAUUCGCCGUGGUGUACGCGAUGAGGGUGAAUCUCUCCGUGGCGAUAGUGGCUAUGGUCAAACCUCAACCUCAUGACAACACCAGCGACCAUGAUGGAGAUGUGUGUCCCUUUCCAGACGACUAUGACCCAGAUGAGAGUGAUAAUGAGGGCGGCGAUUUCGACUGGAAUGGAGACACACAAGGCUUAGUUCUGGGUUCGUUCUUCUAUGGUUAUGCGGUGACGAACCUAAUGGGUGGACGGGCGGCGGAGUACGUGGGCCCCAAGCUGGUGUACGGUAUGGGGGUCCUCCUGACGUCUCUGUUCACCAUCUUGUCUCCCAUAUGUGCCGAGUUCUCCGCUCCGCUCUUCAUUACGCUUAGGAUAUUCGAAGGAUUCACCGAGGGAGUGACCUUCCCGGCUAUGAGUUUCAUGCUGGCCAGCUGGGUGCCGCCCAACGAGCGAGCCAAACUCUCUAGUCUAGUGUACGCUGGUGCACAGUUUGGGACGGUGGUAACGCUGACCGCUAGCGGGUGGAUGUGUGACUCUGACUUCUUGGGGGGCUGGCCUUCUGUAUUCUACGUCUUUGGUGGUCUAGGAGUUAUCUGGAGCAUUGCUUGGUUCUGCCUGGCGUAUAAUCACCCUCAGCUUCAUCCAAGAAUCUCUGAAGAGGAGAAACAUUACAUUUUACACUACUGUGGCAAUAAAAGAACCAAGCCAGUAGUGUUGCCGUGGAAGGCGAUACUGACAUCGAUGCCGGUGUGGGCUGCGGUGAUGGGUCACUUGGGCAGCAACUGGGGCUUCUACACGCUCUUGACGGAGCUCCCCACCUACCUCAGCAACAUCCAGCACUUUGACAUGAAGAGUAACGGGAUAAGGUCCGGGUUGCCGUACCUGUGUAACUGGCUCUUCAGUAUCAUCUACAGUAACCUCAUGGACUGGCUCCUGGUUACCAAGAGACUCUCCAUCCUCGCCGUCAGAAAGAUCUCCAACAUCAUAGGAAUAUAUGGACCAAUGGUAGGCAUGAUUGCCAUGUGUUUCGUCAACUGCAACUCCGUGUUAGCCAUGGUGGUGCUCUGUCUGGCCGUGGGCAUGAACGGGGCCAUCUUCAGUGGGUAUAUGUGUUCCCACCAAGACCUCUCCCCUAACUUGGCUGGGACUCUGAUGGGUAUCACCAACACUGUCGCUACACUGCCGGGUUUCAUUAGUCCCUCGGUUACAGGAGCCUUGACUGAUGGUAACCAAACCUUGAGUGCCUGGAGGACUGUGUUUAUCAUCGCUUCUGUCAUCUAUUUCAUCUGCAACACCUUCUACCUCGUGUUCAUCUCUGCCGACGUCCAACCAUGGAACGACCCGACCCCUACCACGAAGGAGGGGGAGGGUGAGGGUGAAAUGGUGAUAAAAAUACGAGGUACUGAGGAGUUAGUUACCAGCACCUCAACAGUCACGACGCAGCCUGCCUGAGUUCCCGCGUUUUCAGUAUCCGUCAAGGCACAUCAACAAGAGUUUCCCGCGUUUUCAGAACCCAAAACAAACAUAAAUUCCCAUUUCAGUUGAUCAUUCAGAGGAAGUAUUUCAGAGCAUACUAUAAGACUCGCUAUUCUGACCGUCAAGCAUUAAAACAUUGGACUAUUUAGGAACAUUAGCCGGUAAACACGAUAGCGUCCCUCGAAGCAUAGAAGUUUCAUAACCCUGACUUCCAAUAACCUGAGUUGGGUUCUUCCAAUGAUUUUUACGUUAGUGUUUUAUCAUAAUAAAAGUUUGAGAAUAAUAGGACUACAUGUUCUUAUAUCUCAGGUAAAGAAAGAAAAUGUAAUCAAAGAAUCGUAAACGAAGGUGUAACCGCUUCAAAAUUUCAACGCGCCCUCCGUAUACCUCGUUAUUAACUACGGAUUGUGCUGAAGAGAAAAAAUAUAUUUACCCAUCGUCUUUAAAUUAGAAUUCUGAGGAUAAGAAUGAUUUUGACUAAAGAAUGGUGAUGUGUAUUAAUAAUUUGUUUUAUUGAUGGAUAAGUUACAUGUUGCUUAAUUGAUGGAUAAGUUAUAUGUUAAACAGGUAAAUUUGGCAGUGUUCACGCCACAUACAGGUGAUCGUAACUGAGAACUGUUUUCUAUGAAUAUUUAUUUUAUCAACUACAUAUUUAGAAAAUAAAACUGAAUAUUCA